AGACUUAAGCAAUAAUAUAUUUCUUGUGUUGUGUUCUUUCUUGAUCUUAAUCUACUUUGUGUUUGUACUUGUUCUGGGUGAGAGAAUUUCUAUUUGGUACUAGGUCUCAACAAACCAUCUCCAACCAUAAGCUAAAUUUUGCCAAAGAUGGUAGCGAUAGCAAGUUGCUCAAAUCAACUUUUUUUCGUCUAUCUAUUCUCUCUCUCGAUCGAUGCUCCUAAACGAAUGGUAUCUGUGAAGUUUUUCUCUCAAUGUCUCAUCUCUCUUAACUAUUCAUAUAACAUUGCUAAUUGCUAUAAAUAACUUUAACUUGUUGAAAUCAUUGGGUUAGCUCUUGUGAAUAUUAUUUUCAUGAUACCAAUAAGGUGUUGGUUCAAUGAUUGAAAACUUGGACUGGUUGGACAAUGUCUUUGUUCAUGUCUCUACAUCCCCUUAUUGAUACUUAACAUACUCCUAACACCACUCACACGUGAUGAAAUUUUAGCUUUGGUCCCAGCAUAGAUAUAGUGAAAUUCUUUACUGAUAGUGGUGUGAUGUGACCGGGUAAUACUUCUUGUUGGAGUUAUAAUUUCAUUUUGAUGUACCAAAAAUAAAAGAAAAUUAAGAUAAAAAGAAAAGAGAAGAAAAUUAUUUUCAAGAGCCCACGUCGACCGUCGUCUGGACUUUUAGGACGCGGGGGUCAGCGGCCUAAAAGCCCAAUCCAGUACGCGCUCCUCCCCUCCCUCCCUCUCUCUCUCUCUCUCCGUCAAGCUGUUAGAAACGGUAGCUCUGGAUCUUUUGGAUGGAAUAAAAUAGGGGCGAUUUCAAAAUUCUGAUCAAUCGAUUCACCAAGUUUCCAAAUCAAAAUACCACAACAGCAGUUGAGGAAUUCACACGCGAAAGAGCAACAGGACCAUCCGAUCCAACUCCGAUCUUCGUCUUCACCGAUCAGAUCGUGUCCGCCUUUUCUUGGCAUCAAUUCAAUUCAAAAUUUUCAUUCUUCGCUUCUUCUGAUCUCUUUGAGAGAGAGAGAGAGAGAGAGAGAGAGAGAGAUGGACAAAAUGAAGAACAUGUUGAAACCGAAACCUAGCCCCCAACAACAACUGAGGGACUGGCAAAGUCAUCUCCGCAAAGAAUGCCGCGGCAUCGAGCGCCAAAUCAUAGACAUACAGAGAGAAGAGAAACGUGUGCAGAAAGCAAUUAAAGAUGCUGCUAAGAGAAAUGAUAUGGGCUCUGCUAAGGCACUUGCUAAGGAGAUUGUGAGGUCAAGGCGAACUGUCAACCGUCUCUAUGAAAACAAGGCACAACUAAAUUCGAUAUCAAUGCACCUUGGGGAGAGUGUUGCAAUUGCCCGUACAGUGGGACAUUUGAACAAGAGUGCCGAGGUCAUGAAGCUUGUCAAUAACCUCAUGAAGGCCCCAGAAAUCGCGGUCACAAUGCAAAAUUUCAGCAAGGAAAUGAUCAAGGCAGGGUUAAUUGAGGAGACUGUAAAUGAUGCUCUCGACUCAGCACUCGAUACAGAGGAUAUAGAAGAGGAAACUGAAGCAGAAGUUGACAAGGUCUUGACUGCACUUGCCGGAGAGACUGCUGCUGAGCUUCCAGAAGCAGUCAGGAAGCAGAAAUUAAAGCAACCAGCAACUGUGGCAGGAGCCGCACGAGAGGAUGAAGCAAUAGCCGAGGGUGCUGAAGAAGAGGAAGAUCUUGAAGAAAUUAGGGCACGACUUGCUAGAGUUAGGUCAUAAUUUGAGCAUCUUCUCCGGUACUCGAGUCUUUACAUGGCACUCAACGGAGGGGUCAUCACAUUCAGCAGGUAAACCCUGGUUUGCCUCUUGAGAAAGAGAUGAAAAGCAUAUGGCUAUAUUGUACUACUAAUUCAUACCAAAAUCAGCUUCUUUCAAAAUAUACAAGCUUCAUUUGUAUAUGUAUAUUCUAUAAUUCAACUUGUAGUAGUAGUAGUAUUUGUGAAUGAAGUUCUUUACUUUGCUCCCAAACAAAAAAUCAACAAUAUUUUCGUUUCCAAAGUCACCUCAAAGGCACUCUAUCUCUGGUGAAGAAAAGAAUUGGAGUUAAA